AUGGCGGUUGACGAGCGGAGAGUGUACAUUUUUGGAGGUUGUGGUGAUUCGGGAAGACUGAACGAUUUGUGGGCUUUUGAUGUGGUUGAUAAGGAAUGGGUCGAGUUUUCACUAUUGGGGGAGAGUGUGAAGCCGAGGGGCGGGCCCAGGCUAGCUUCGGUGCUCGAGAAAAUAUGGGUUAUGUAUGGUUUUACAGGGAUGGAAGUUGACGACGUUCAUUAUUUUGAUCUAAAAGAAGGAAAAUGGGUUCAAGUGGAGAUGAAUGGAGAAAAACCGAGCCCGAGAAGCGUGUUCUCGCCUCUUGUGAUCGGGAAAUACAUCUUUGUGUAUGGUGGGGAGACUGAUCCGAGCGAUUUGGGCCAUAUGGGGCAGGGAAAUGUUAUGGGCUUCCUUAAUUUUAACUUUAAUUAG